AUGGGGACGAAGAUGGCAGACUUCGAUUCCCCUCAAAAGCUGUCAGGCGUCCCUCGGCCGCCUGACGGGGUGGGAGGAGGCAGCUGCUCAGAAAUCUCCACCGAGCUCAUUCGCUCCCUGACCGAGCUGCAGGAGCUGGAGGCUGUGUACGAACGGCUCUGCGGCGAGGAGAAAGUGGUGGAGAGAGAGCUGGAUGCUCUUUUGGAGCAGCAAAAUACCAUUGAAAGUAAAAUGGUCACCCUCCACCGGAUGGGUCCAAAUCUACAGUUGAUUGAAGGAGAUGCAAAGCAGCUGGCUGGAAUGAUCACCUUUACCUGCAACCUAGCUGAGAAUGUGUCAAGCAAAGUCCGUCAGCUUGACCUGGCCAAGAAUCGCCUCUAUCAAGCCAUUCAGAGAGCUGAUGACAUCUUGGACCUGAAGUUCUGCAUGGAUGGAGUUCAGACUGCUUUGAGAAAUGAAGAUUAUGAGCAGGCUGCAGCCCACAUUCAUCGCUACUUAUGCCUAGACAAGUCAGUCAUCGAGCUCAGCCGACAGGGCAAAGAAGGCAGCAUGAUUGAUGCCAACCUGAAACUGCUGCAGGAAGCCGAGCAGCGUCUCAAAGCCAUUGUCACAGAGAAGUUUGCCGUUGCCACAAAGGAAGGGGAUCUGCCCCAGGUGGAGCGCUUCUUCAAGAUCUUCCCACUGCUGGGUUUGCAUGAGGAGGGAUUAAGCAAGUUCUCAGAAUAUCUUUGCAAGCAGGUGGCCAGUAAAGCUGAGGAGAACCUCCUGCUGGUUUUAGGCACAGACAUGAGUGAUCGAAGAGCUGCGGUCAUCUUUGCAGAUACACUGACUCUUCUGUUUGAAGGAAUUGCCCGAAUUGUGGAGACCCAUCAGCCGAUAGUGGAAACAUACUACGGGCCAGGCAGACUUUAUACCCUGAUAAAAUACCUGCAGGUGGAAUGUGACACACAGGUAGAGAAGGUGGUAGACAAGUUCAUCAAGCAGAGGGACUACCGACAGCAGUUUCGGCAUGUCCAGAGCAACUUGAUGAGAAAUUCUACAUCAGAAAAAAUAGAGCCAAGGGAACUGGAUCCUAUCCUGACUGAGGUCACCCUGAUGAAUGCCCGCAGUGAGCUCUACCUACGCUUCCUCAGGAAAAGGAUCAGCUCAGAUUUUGAGGUGGGGGACUCCAUGGCCUCAGAAGAAGUCAAACAAGAGCACCAGAAGUGCCUGGACAGACUCCUCAAUAACUGCCUACUGAGCUGCACCAUGCAGGAGCUCAUUGGUCUAUAUAUCACCAUGGAGGAGUACUUCAUGAGGGAGACUGUCAACAAGGCUGUGGCGCUGGACACCUAUGAGAAGGGCCAGUUGACAUCCAGCAUGGUGGAUGACGUCUUCUACAUUGUUAAGAAGUGCAUCGGCCGGGCCCUGUCUAGCUCCAGCAUCGACUGCCUCUGCGCCAUGAUCAACCUCGCCACCACAGAGCUGGAGUCUGACUUCAGGGACGUCCUGUGUCACAAGCUGCGGAUGGGCUUCCCAGCCACCACCCUGCAGGACAUCCAGCGCGGGGUGACCAGUGCCGUGAGCAUCGUGCACAGCAGCCUCCAGCAGGGCAAGUUCGGCACCAAAGGCAUCGAGAGCACUGACGAGGCCAAGCUGUCCUUCCUGGUGACGCUGAACAACGUGGAAGUCUGCAGUGAAAAUAUCUCCACUUUGAAAAAGACGCUGGAGAGUGACUGCACCAAGCUGUUCAGCCAAGGCAUUGGAGGGGAGCAGGCCCAGGCCAAGUUUGACAGCUGCCUUUCUGACUUGGCUGCCGUGUCUGGCAAAUUCCGAGACCUCUUGCAGGAAGGGCUUACAGAGCUGAACAGCACAGCCAUCAAGCCGCAGGUGCAGCCUUGGAUCAACACCUUCCUCUCUGUCUCCCACAAUAUCGAGGAGGAGGAAUUCAGUGACUAUGAGGCCAACGAUCCUUGGGUUCAACAGUUCAUCCUUAAUCUGGAGCAGCAAAUGGCAGAGUUCAAGGCCGGCCUGUCCCCAGUCAUCUACGACAGCCUGACCAGCCUCGUGACCAGCCUCAUCACAGUCGAGUUGGAGAGAGUGGUGCUGAAGUCCACCUUCAACCGGCUGGGCGGUCUGCAGUUUGACAAGGAGCUGAGGUCACUCAUUGCCUACCUCACCACGGUGACCACCUGGACCAUCCGAGACAAGUUUGCCCGGCUCUCCCAGAUGGCCACGAUCCUCAAUCUGGAGCGGGUGACAGAGAUCCUAGAUUACUGGGGCGCCAACUCGGGCCCGCUGACGUGGCGCCUCACGCCUGCUGAAGUGCGCCAGGUGCUGGCCCUGCGCAUAGACUUCCGCAGCGAGGACAUCAAGAGGCUGCGCCUGUAGCUGCCGCAUGAGCCCAGCCGGUUCCCCUGCUGGCAGCCGGGAGACAAGGCCUCGACUCAGGCCAUUCUGUUCUCAGGCCUGUUGGGGUGCUUUAGGGGACAGUAUCUCCCCAUAGAGAGAGGUAGGUCUGCCCUGGCUCCUAACUAGGUGGGACCGCCAGGCGGGCCAGCCUUCCACACGGAGGACCAUCCUCUCGUCCUUGGAUGUGGCAGCACGAGAGCUGCCUCCCCGCCAGUCCCAAAGGGCUCGGACCUGGGACCUGAGGUUUACUCCAAAGCGAGGCUGUGAUACUUAUGAUCGCCCUGAAUAAACAGGCUCCUUGAAGAGAGGCCAGUGUGCUGUUUCCAGGAAGGGCUGGAUGCUACAGGGCAAGACAGGUCCACGGGCUGCACUGAAAUGUGAAGGCAAAAGUCUGACUCCUCAGCCUCCUCUGGUGCCCAGAGCAGCACAUGACAACAGGGGCCUCACCCAGGCCCAGACCCUCAUCCCCUCUUGGCCCUUGGCACCAGAAGCCGGAUCAUCCCGGGGGCAGAUUCCCACACUCCCAGCAGGAACAGAAAGGAUCUUCGUGAGGACAGCCUGGAACGCAGAGUGAGUUUAUUCCAGGAAGACUGAGAACCCACAGGUACGUGGUAGAGCUGCAGCAUUGCUGGUUAAGGCCUCAGUUAGCAGCAGCCUGCUGCAGGACUGCACUGGCUCUCUGCCACAGACAUGUUCCCACUCCUCCAUUGAGUCAUCCUGGGAGAGAGUGUUGAACGGGAAGUCUCUACUCAGGCAAAAGCUGCACCUCUGAGGGAGGCCACAGGAAAUGCCCCCAAAGGCCUCUUCAAGGUCGGCCUUACCAAGGGACCCCAGCGGUCUGCCAAGGCUGGUUGUCAUUCUCUUCUUUCAGGCCCUGGUGGAGAGUGAAAAGGCAAAGGCCCAAGCAGGGCCAUUGGAUUUGUAAAGGCCACAGGGGACACUUAGCUUGGGACAUUCCUAGGUCCAGAUGGAGCACAGGCUAAGCCUAGGCCACCAUCAACCAGGAAGUCUCAGUCCUGUUCCCAAGCACCAUCUCUGCUUCACCAAGUUUUAGAAAGGGCCAGGCCAGAGCUUGAGUCGCUUUCCUUUGGAAGCAGAUUUACAGAGAAGUGGGUGGAGAGAAGACUGAACCCUCUCCUGAAGAAGGACAGGAGGGGCUGCUGUAGCUGCAGGCUUUUUCCUCUUGCAGAGGAACAAGCCUCAAGAGAAGGGGCCUCAGUUAGAGGUCUCAGUUCCCAGCAGCUGCAGGCUCAGGCCCUGAGUGUCCACUUCUACCAGGUGGAUGCUGUAGUUCCCGAGGCCCUAGGAGCAAAGGAUGGGAGGUGUUAGUGGGCUCUGCGUGGAUUUCAGGCCCUCAGGAGGCUGUACUUGAGCAGCAGGGCCAAGGGGGCUUACAGCUGUAGCCCUGGUUAGCUGGUGGGCCACGGGGAGGGCUCCUGUCCCUGCCAGUUAGCAUACUCCAACUACCCGGUACCUCUGUCUUGGCCAGCACGGCCUCCAGAGCCUCCUUCUGCCGCGGCUCCUUGGUCAGUAGACAGAGAAAGCCUCCGCCCCCUGCCCCUGCUAGGCUCUGCCCAUGCACGUGGGGGGCCAGGACGUCCAUCAUACGCCGCACCGCCAGGGGCUCACAGCCUGGAGCCAUGAGCUUCUUCUGCUCCCAGUAUGAUGUCAGGCACUGGCCCAGCAGAGGCAGACUCCCUGGGGUGGGGGCAGAAAGGGGGUCAUCUGUAGGCUGGAUGGGGCACCCAGACGCUUAACCGGCACCCUGGUUCAGAACCUGGGUCCGGUACUGGCUGGAAACAGGAACUGUAAAACCCCCCUCAAGGGGUUCUUUGAGCACAGAGCAGCUGGCGUGGUACCCAGCACGUAUAACUGUGUGGCCCUGAUCAGCUCUGACGCCCUGGAACCCAGGUGUGGAGCCAAGCUUCUUCCCCCAUAUGCUUGCUGGUAGGUGGGCUGGAGGCCUUCCCCAGGAUGCAAGUACUGUCCUGAGACACGACUCACACCUAAGCGUCAGACCCUGCAGAGGACAGACUGUAGUCCUCUGUCCCUGGGGGGCCUCAUACCGAGGGCGGUGCCAAGCCCUGCAGAGCCCCCUGGCCUCAGGCCCACGAGCGGCAGCAGGCACUCACUCUGGGGACAUGAACUCGAGGGAGGAAGCGCCUCACCUUGGCGGAAGGCUUCCGCACACUCCUCGGUCUGCUGUACCAGGCGGCGGGCGUUGUGCACAACGGCGGGCAGCCGGGCGUACCAGCUCCUCAGCACAUCCUGCAGGGAGUGCAGGAGCGGUGAGGCCAAGCCUCGCUGAGCGGUCCGCCUCCUCCCUCCUGGGGCCAGGGCUCACCUGGAGCAGAUUCCGGGCCAGGCGGGUCUUCCCAGUGUACACCAGCAGCAGGUGGUCAUUGAGCUUCUGGACAAAGCCCUCAGGCACAGUGACCUCCUCCACUUCCACCUUCAGUGGCAGCUGAGCCUGGGAGCGCCCCACCUUGAUGCCGGGCAUGAGGCCACCCACCUGGUCCUGCCAGCCGCCUCCUACGAGAGCCCCAGCCCCGUCACUGCUGGGGCCUCCCUAGCCAGGCUUCCCUCUCCCGGUCCAGGCUCCUGGCCUUGCGUCCCUAGCUGGGACCAGCCUGGGAAGACAGCUUCCCCCACCAACGCUGAGUCAGCUGAGCUGUACAGCUUCUGCCCCAGCCCUGGGUGCAAGACAAGCCCAGGGGAAGGGGCUUCAUUCCGGAGCCCAAGCUAAGAACCUAACCCAAGGCUUGAGGUUUGCUGCAGACCUAAUGGGUUCUUGGAACUGGGGUAAACCACAUCAAAGGAUUAAGACCUUACCCUAACCUUUCCCCCAGGGCAGGAUGACACAGGACUCUCCCUACAGCCUAACAGUUCCUGCACCCCAGCUUGCCUGAUAAAGGGUGUUGAUGGUAGAAAUAAGCUUCUCAGCAUCUCUUAUCAAACUUUAUAUAAAAUAGCUUGUUCACAUUCUGCUUCAGUAAUGAAAGGUAUGGAUCUCUUUUCUUCUGGCAGCUAUAUAAAAAUGUCAAAACCUGAGGUGAUUCUGGGUUAGGUCUUUGAUAUCUGGUGAAGGGCCUGCAAGGGUUUCGAGUAUGGAACGCAAAUGGCAGGAGGCAUCUGGAACACUACGGCCAAAAUGUGGUUAGUGUCAAGGCCUGGAACACUAAGAACUCCUUAAUGGCAAUCCUCCUUUCCAGGGCACCUGGCAUAGCUUGUAAUUAUACGUUCAUUUGAGUGGUUAUUGAUUAACGUUCGUCUCCAACAGCCCAUAUGACUUCUGAUGGCAAGGACCCUGUUUUUGUUCAGUC